GCCCCGCCCCUUGCCGGGCUCGCGGCGGCGGGACUGCUGCUGGCCGCCCCCAUGUCGGGCCCGCGGGGCGCGCUGCAAGCCUGGUGCCGCCGGCAGUGCGAGGGGUACCGCGGCGUGGAGAUCCGCGACCUCAGCUCCUCCUUCCGCGACGGCCUGGCCUUCUGCGCCAUCCUCCACCGGCACCGGCCCGACCUCCUAGACUUUGAUUCCCUGUCCAAGGAUGACGUCUAUGAGAAUAACCGCUUGGCCUUUGAACUGGCAGAGCGGGAGCUGGGCAUCCCAGCUCUCUUAGAUCCCAAUGAUAUGGUCUCCAUGAAAGUCCCCGACUGCCUCAGUAUCAUGACUUAUGUGUCUCAGUAUUACAACUACUUCAACAACCCCAGCCAAGCCAGAGUCCCUCUGCCUAUGAAGCACUCAGCUGCUGCCUCCUCGCCUCCUCUGCUGUCCCACAAGAAGCCUGUGGCUGCGGUCGAGAGUCCUCCAGCACUACAGGAUGAUGCCCCCUCAGACCCAUCGGAGUGGUCCCAGCGCACCACGCUCAGCAGUACCUGCGCAGCCUGCCAGCAGCAUGUCCAUCUGGUCCAGCGCUACCUGGCUGAGGGCAAGCUCUACCACCGCCAGUGCUUUAGGUGUAAGGAGUGCUCCAGCACGCUGCUCCCAGGGUCGUACAAGCCCGGAUCAGAGGCAGGAACUUUUGUCUGCACUCAGCAUCGUGGUAAAUUGGCCAUGAGUGGGAAGGCAGAGAGGAGGCCCAGCCCAGACCGACAGUCACCAGAGCUAGGAACUGAAACUGAGGCUGACAGCACGGGUGAGGACACCCACCCCACAGGAGCAGAGGUGGGGAAGGAUGAUGGUGACUCCCUGGAGGGCACAGCAGAAACCAAGAUGCCUGCAGAGGAGCCAGCCGGUCCAGCAGAGAAAGACAGCACGCCCAGCAAAGCAGAGACAGUGAUGCCCCCUGCCCAUGCAGGCGGUGGGGCACCUGUCUCCCAGACUCCUCCCAGACCUCCGCUUCCCAGCAAGCCUGCAGUGUUCACCCAGGACAAAGCCAACUCACUGGAUGAACGGCUCAGAGACACACGGCCCACCCCCGCCCCAAGGAGGGCCACCGAUGUGUCAGUGCUCUCCCCUCCAGCCUCUCAGCCUGUUCCUCGGCCCAGGUCCACUCUCCAGAGUGAGGGCAGUGAGUGCGGCCCUGGUAUGGUGAAUGGUAGGAUACCUGAACCCAGCCCCCCUGUCCCAAAACCCCGAGGGAGACCCUGCUCUUCUGAUCGUGCUGGAACUGCUGCAAGAGCCAAGGACCCACCAUGGAUGGCCUUAGUGCAAGCAGAACCCAAGAAGAAGCCCGCUCCCCCUCCUCCCUCAGGCAGCGGCCAUGAGACUCCAAGCAGGACUUCAGAGGAGGAGGAUGGGGAGGAGGUGGGGAAAGCCAAGAGUGAGGAGAGCAAGUCUGAUGCCACAGAGCCCAAACCAUACAACCCCUUUGAGGAGGAGAGCGAGGAACAAGAGGAGAGCAGUGCUGUCCAAAAAAGCAUGCCUGAGCAGGAACAGAGUGAGACUGCUGCCAAGACUCUUCACCCCUGGUACGGCAUCACUCCCACCAGCAGCCCAAAAACAAAGAAGCGGCCAGCUCCACGAGCCCCCAGUGCUUCCCCACUUGCCCACCACCCCAUCUCCAGGCUGUCACACUCCGAGCCAUCAUCUUCCACCCCAUCUCCAGCCCUCAGUCUUGAGAGCAUCAACUCUGAGAGUUCAGCCAAGGUGCUGGGGGAUGCCGAUGAAGCCUCGGUGCCCAAAAGCUCCUCUGAGCCCACUGUCCACACGCCAACAGCCACCAAGACCUCUAGUGCUGACACGCCACUGGCCAGCGUAUCGUCCAGCGAAAGCCCUGCUGCCCCAGCCAGCCUCUCCACCAACUCCUCCUUCUCUUCCUCCAGCGAGUUGGCCAGCUUCAGUGGGGAGGCACAGCCCAGCACCCCACAUGCCAGCAGCAGCAUCUCCACUGGCAACUUGAAGACCAGCCCCAGCCGACUGCCCCCCAAGCCUCCCACUGGGGCGAGCCCAACACCCAUCCUGUUGGCUUCAGAUGGAGGUGCUGGGAGCCCUAAGACCCCUUCCUCACCCAAGCUGAAGUCUUCCUGCAAAGAGAACCCCUUCAACCGGAAACCAUCACCUGCUACCUCCCCCUCUGCAAAGAAACUUCCCAAGGGCUCCAAGCCAGUGCGUCCUCCUGCACCAGGUCAUGGCUUCCCACUGAUCAAACGCAAGGUGCAGACAGAUCAGUACAUCCCUGAAGAAGAUAUCUAUGGGGAGAUGGAUGCUAUUGAGCACCAGCUGGACCAGCUGGAGCACCGUGGGGUGGCCUUGGAGGAGAAACUUCGCAGCGCUGAGAAUGACAGCCCUGAGGACAGCCUGCUGGUGGACUGGUUCAAACUCAUCCAUGAGAAGCACAUGCUGGUACGCCACGAAUCCGAGCUCAUCUACAUCUUCAAGCAGCAGAACCUGGAGCAGCGGCAGUCAGAUGUGGAGUAUGAACUGCGUUGCCUCCUCAACAAGCCAGAGAAGGACUGGACCGAUGAGGACCGAGGGAGGGAGAAGGUGCUGAUGCAGGAGCUGGUGACCAUCAUUGAGCAGAGGAACGCCAUUGUGAACUGCCUGGAUGAGGACCGGCAGAGAGAAGAGGAGGAGGAUAAAAUGUUGGAAGCCAUGAUUAAAAGGAAAGAAUUUCACAAGGAGACGGAGACUGAGAGCAAGAAGAAAGGCAAAUUCAAGCCCAUGAAGGUGCUUAAGCUGCUGGGCAAUAAGCACGACUCCAAGAGCAAGUCGCCCAAGGAGAAAAGCUAGAGCUAGAACACCAGCAGUGGGAGGGCUGUGCUGCCUGCCUGCCCCGGCCUCCCCGCAGCUGGCCGAGAUGGCCGCCAGGAAGGGGGGCUUGUCUCCCUCUGCUCCCCUUGCCUCUGCCCCUACUCCCUCCCCAGCAACCGGAGCUGCCGCCCCGGGGAGGCACCAGCCUUCUGUCUGGAGUAGGGGAGUUUGACCAAAGUGCUCCCCUUCCUGACGCUGCGGAGAAGCCGGACCAUACCCUCUGUGAAGCCUUGCUAAUGACGUGGGGAGAAGGUGGAUUCACCUUUUAAAAAUGUUACCCCAUUGCGUGUUCCUGUUAUUAAUUGAGAAGCAAACCAAGAAGUUUGGGUUUGUGAGAAAACUUGCACUAACUGCCUCCCGUCCCUUCGCCCCCUCUAAUUGUGACAGUUCCAUGUGCCUCUGACCUCUGCCAGGAGCAGACCGGGCCUGCCUGCCCCUCCCUGCCCGCCUGCUCUUGUUCCUUUCCUGUCCCAUUUUUAACUUCCGGAGAAAACUCUGGCAUUAGAACCAGGAUUCUUUGGGUUUUAUUGGGCUAAACUAAAACGUUAGGAAAACACACCCGCAUCACAAGGCUCUAAAGCCAUAGCUGAAAAAAUAACUCGUGCCCUAUUUUGAGCUGUCCCCUCCGUCGAGCGCCAGGGCUGGGUGGGCUCCAUGACAGGGCUGACAGGACCCAAGGGGACAGCGUGCAGCUGCUAGGAUGUAGCUCACACGCCCUACUCAGGACAUCUUGCCCCCCACUGCUGCUAAACACUGCUGGCUCUGCUGCCUGGGGGGUGGGGGGAGGGAGAAACAUUCCUGUUCCAGGCAAGGGCAGAAAAGCUCAAGACUGACUCAGUGCCAGCAAGGGGCACUAAGCUUGUGCCCCUUCUCACCAGUGCCACCCUUGAGCGGCUGGGGAGAGGGGCGCGGUCACAACUGACCUUUGCCCAGCUUCAUCCCUGUAUACUCUAAAAGCCUGCAGGGAUUGGCUGGUUCUUUUUUACACCUCCUUUACCAGAUGAAUUCAAACCCACCCUCUGAAAACUUUUUAAACCCCUUAUUUUAUUUGUCAUGUGUGUAUGCAUGUGUGUACAUUGGAGGAAGGGAUGGGGGCGGACAGGUGUUCUUCCAACCAUCCCUUCUUCCUUCCACUUUUGUUUCCUGCCUUCUCCUCCAAGGUGAGGAGCUAUUUAUUGAAUUGUUGGAUCAGUCUGAAUUAGUUUCCUGGGUGUUUGGUUGGUCAGCUGUUUGUCAUGCCUUCUCACUAGCAAACUCGGCAUAACCAGCCCCGAGCACGCUGCUGCAGUCCCUUCUAAAAACCCAACAGGCUUUAGCCAAAAUGCUCUUGGAGCAGUGCCUUGCAAAGUGGCUGGCGUAGCAUUCUGGAAAGGGAUCCUCAUGUCCCAAAACAUGAGGAACUCGAGCCCCUCCUCCAUCCCAGCGUUGCCCCCAUGGCUGGGAGGUGACAAGCUCAGCCCCACGCUGGUGAUGCUGUCUCCCUCUUGCCAUACUGCAGCGGGCUGAUGAGGAGCAGUGGUAAGGGAGGGGAGAUCCCAAAGCACAACUCUUCUCCAAGGAGAACCAAAUCUGCUUUAAAGCCUGCUGUCACAUCACUGUUGCCAAAGGCUGUCAGGAGAGCUGCAGCCUGACACCCCUUGGCCCUGUGCCCUGUUAGAACUCUGAUUUGUAAGUUACACUGUACUAAUUUCGUGACUUCCAUUCACCUGAACACAAAUAAAAGAAACAUUG